CGCUCGCCCUCCCAGCCCUCCCGGGCCAUGGCGUCCAGCGCCAAGCGGAAGCAGGAGGAGAAGCACCUGAAGAUGCUGCGGGAGCUGACCGGCCUCGCUCCCAACCGCAAGUGCUUCGACUGCGACCAGCGCGGCCCCACCUACGCCAACAUGACGGUGGGCUCCUUCGUCUGCACCUCCUGCUCCGGAAGCCUGCGAGGUCUAAAUCCACCACAUAGAGUGAAGUCCAUUUCUAUGACAACAUUUACACAACAAGAAAUUGAAUUUCUGCAAAAACAUGGAAAUGAAGUAUGUAAACAAAUUUGGCUAGGAUUAUUUGAUGAUAGAUCUUCAGUAAUUCCAGACUUUAGGGAUCCCCAAAAAGUGAAGGAAUUUCUACAAGAAAAAUAUGAAAAGAAAAGAUGGUAUGUGCCUCCAGAACAAGCGAAGGUGGUGGCAUCGGUCCAUGCAUCUAUUUCGGGUUCCUCUGCUAGUAGUACAAGCAGCACACCUGAGGUCAAACCACUUAAGGCUCUCUUGGGAGAAUCUGCACCAGCAUUGCACUUAAAUAAGGGCACACCUACCCAAUCCCCUGUUGUAGCUCGCUCUCAAGUACAACAGCAACAAGAAAAGAAGCAAUUUGACCUCUUGAGUGACCUUGGCUCAGACAUCUUUGCUGCUCCAGCUCCUCAAUCAACUGCUACAGCAAAUUUUGCUAACUUUGCACAUUUUAACAAUCAUACAGCUCAGAAUUCUGCAAAUGCAGAUUUUGCAAACUUUGAUGCAUUUGGACAGUCUAGUGGUUCGAGUAAUUUUGGAGGUUUCCCCACAGCAAGUCACUCACCUUUUCAACCCCAAAAUACAGGUGGAAGUGGUGCAGCAGUAAAUGCUAAUUUUGCUCAUUUUGAUAACUUCCCCAAAUCAUCCAGUGCGGAUUUUGGAGCCUUCAAUGCUUCUCAGAGCCAUCCAACAGCAACAACUGUCAAUAAAGUUGCAACAAAUAAAGCUAAUCUCCCAACAGCUGACAAAUAUGCAGCACUUGCUAAUUUAGACAAUAUCUUCAGUACUGGGCAAGGUGGUAGUGAGCAAGGAAGUGGUUUUGGCACAGGAGUUAAAACACCAGCGGGCCCAGCUGUUUCAGCUCCAACCCUGACAAGUUCUUCGGAUAAGUAUGCAGCUUUGGCCGAAUUAGACAGUGUAUUCAGCUCAACAUCAACCUCUAGUAAUGCAUAUACUUCCACCAGUAACGUUAGCAGCAAUGUUUUUGGAACAGUGCCAGUGGGUGCUGCUACACAGACGCAGCCUGGGUCUUCAAGUGUGCCUGCUCCAUUUGGAGCUACACCUUCUACGAAUCCAUUCGUUGCUGCACCUGUUCCCUCUGUGGCGUCUUCUACAAAUCCGUUCCAGACCAACACCAGAGCAGCAGGCCUUUCAGGAGCAUUGCACUCCCAAGUGUUUCCCCACGCUCAUUUUGCAGCAACAUUUGGCACAGCAUCCAUGAGCAUGCCUGCAGGAUUUGGAACUCCUGCUUCUUACAGUCUUCCUACUAGUUUUAGUGGCAAUUUCCAGCAGCCCGCCUUCCCAGCCCAAGCAGCUUUCCCUCAACAGACAGCAUUUUCUCAACAGCCAAAUGGUGCAGGUUUUGCAGCAUUUGGACAAGCAAAGCCAGUGGUAACCCCUUUUGGCCAAGUUGCAGCUGCUGGAGUAUCUAGUAAUCCGUUCAUGGCUGGUGCACCAACAGGACAAUUUCCAACAGGAGGUUCAUCAACCAAUCCUUUCUUAUAGCCUUACAGACACUUUACCCAAAUGAACUCUUACGUGGUUACAUAACAUCUCUGCUCCUCUUGCACUGUUGUGUCUUGUUUCACUGAUCUUAGCUUUAAACACAAGGAAAGUCUUUCAAAAGCCUGCAUUGUGUAAUAAACACCAGGUGAGAUGUGCAAAACAGAGGGCUCUGGUAACAUCCUAUAACCUACGAAUUGGCAGAAAGAGAUAGCGGUAUCAUGUAUAUUAAAAUUGGCUAAUGUUAAGUUAUUGCAGGUAUCACAUUCAUUAUGCUGCAGUACUGUACAUAUUUUUUUCUUAGGAAUUAGCUAUUUGUGCAUAUCAGUAUUUGUAACUUUAACACAUUGUUAUGUGAGAAAUGUUACUGGGGAAAAUAGAUCAGCCACUUCAAGGUGCUGUUGUACCUUUUGGAAUGAAUGACCUAAAUCAUUUUAACCCUUCCCUUUGAAAGUUAUCAAGUCAAAAUUGGAAGGUUUUAUUCAUUCUUGAAUUUUUUUUCCUUUUCCUAAAGAGCUCUUCUAUUUAUACAUGCCUAAAUUCUCUAAAAUGUAGAGGGAUACCUGUCUGCAUAAUAAAGCUGAUCAUGUUUUGCUACAGUUUGCAGGUGAAAAAAAUAAAUAAUACAAAAUGUUAUUGUUCGUGUGUCCUUGCUGCAGUGCCUUAAACAAAGUGGGCUGGAAUGUGAAAACAGACUUGUGUAUCCUCACGAGUGUUUUAUGGCCAACCUUUUAUGCUUUCAUUUACAAAUUGUGUAAGAGGUUCACCCCUGGGAAAUUGGUCACCCUUAAAUUGAGGUUUUUAUUAUGAAAGUAUGACCAUUCUUGGAUCUCUGCAGAUCUUUCUGAUGGAUGAUGGAAAAGAUUUCCCACACAGUUUGUCAAAUUCACCCUGAACUUUAACAAAUGUAAAUGCUCAUGCAAUGUCUUAUCUAUUCUGUACCUUUUCUGACAACAUUGAAAUUGUGAAAUUUGAACUGUAACAGGAAUUUGUCCUAUGCAAGUACUUCCGUAUGUCUUUUGUGUGGAAUCAUGAAGUUUCAGAAUGGAAGCUUCAAAGACCUUUUAACGGGCUCAUCCUGUGUAAUGUAAUAUUUGAGCACAGGAACAGUGUUAUAUUGGCUGAUUAACAAUGGCGUAUACUUGUAUUUUUGAGCAAAUCAUUAAUGUCAACUAUGCAGUUAUGGGCACAAAAGGCUAUUAUUUUGUGUACCCUACAUGAAAUAAGAAAACAAGAAUGGCUUUGGAAAACAUACCCAGGCAUCCCCUCCUUACCUGAACCUAGGAUAUGAAGCAGGCUAAAAAUUAAAAUGCCAAUGUAACCUGACUUUGCAAACUGCUUGAAACACCACUAAUUUUAGUAUCAAUUGAAAACGAACUCUAGGAUAAGUUCUUUUUCAUUUUUCAGUGUUUUUUCUCAGCCCUUCUUAGUGUUCUGGACAGCUCUAAGCUGUAAGUGCAACUGGGACAACUUUUCUCUGGGGUUCCCCUUGCCCAGUUGGGACUAGGAAUCUUCUUUUGUGCAUGCAGAGUUUAGAUAGAUUAAGACUUGGUGCUCCUAAAAUUGAGAGUCCCUAGGGGAGUCACUUCCAAAAAACAGAGCAUUGACUACGAAUCAACGUAUAACCUGCUUUCUCUUCUAGCUGUCCGUUACUGUCCUUUUUCCUUUGAAGGCGAGCUUGAUGCCACUUGUGUUUCUGUCUUUGCCUUGUGAAAUUAUGUAUUUUUUUUUACCCUGAUAUUGAACCAUCUAUCCCUGAUAACAGGCGUCUUCUCUCAGCUGCGUUUUUCCAAACUAUCAACACUAAGUUGGCAUUGCUUUGAUGAGGGCUUGUUGUGGACCUGGUUACCCUGUGCAUAUCUGUUCACUGAAAACAUCUGAAGGUGGAAUUGGCUCUGAAAUGGAUUAGCCAGGCCACGUGCACAUCUGAUGGGAAGAUUUACCAGUAAACCAUACCGCAGUCCCUUUAAUCAGAGUUUAGUGCCUUUUUGCCUAUUACCAUGCUCCAUUGUUAUGUUGGUUUUCUUCCUAAGGUGGAAUGUCCAUAUUAUUAAGGCAUCAUUGGGUAACUCCUGCCAAGAUAUAAUUCUUUUAGGGCUUUUAGUGCAAGAAUAUUUCGGGCCUUUUUAUCCGGGAGCCUGAUCUACCAUUCAUUCGUGGACAGAACUCAAGGGUCAGCUUGAUAUACCAUCUUGCCGCUCCCUACCCUAGGCAAUACUUCUCUCAAAUCAACCCAGAAAGAGUACUAUUUACGUUUUGCUAACACGUCUUCACAAUAGGUAUAGCUAGAAGUGUCUCAGUUCAUUGUGGGCAGGGAACUUGUCUACCAAUGACGUUGUAUGGCCAACUCCCCAGUGCUUAGUACAGUUCUCUGCACAUACGAACAGUAAAUACCACUGAUUGACUGAUAUCUCUGAAGACAGUCCCUUUUCCCCCAGUAUUGAUGUUUUGAUUUGUCUUCUGUUUCAGCGUGACUCAGUUCUCAAACACAAUUCAUCCGUGGUAUGCAUUAAGCAUUUACUGUGUGCAGGGCACUGUAUUAUGAGUUUAGGCAAGUACAAUACAAUAGGGUUGGCAGAAAUGUUCCCUGCCACAUUUUUUUAAAUUGCUCUUUUCAAUUGAGGACAUUUCUUCCAUCUACAUCGAAAGUCAAGGUCUCCUGUUCACCUUUGCUUUUAUAAUAACUCUUCAUAACACAUCCUGCUCUCAACUUUCUCUUGUCAGAGAUUAAAGCCUCACCUCCGACAAAGUACUGAAUAGAUUGAUCCUGUAGCACAAGGGACCAAACAAUGUCGAACCUAAAUAGCUCAUCUUCAGAAGUUUAGUUUUGACCGAAACAACCUGAGCUGCUCUGUAAGAGGUGGAAGAAGAGGCCCUGGGGGCGGUGGGGGACGGGAUUUCAUGUAUCUACCCAUUCCUCAAAGGAGUCUGCAUUCCACCACUUGUUUCCUCUGUGAC